AUAUAGAAGCUGCGCUGUUUCACUCUUCUUCUCAGUUCGUGUCUGUGAUCUGCAGUGCAUGGAUCUUAAAAAACAGGAGAGAGUCUACUUCUGCCUGAGAUUUGAGAGUUUUGUGUCAGAUGAGGAUGACCUCGUCAACAACAGAAGACUACAAUACUGGGGAUUGCCACAGUUAUGGAAGUCUGGAACAUCCAUGCAAAGAAAAGAAUAAGAGAGCCAUCAACUCAGAGCCAUUUAUGAAACCAAAAAUGACUUUCAAGCAGCUCGCGGAGCAACUUCUUGAAAAGAUCUUCUCACAUCUUCACAUCAAGGAACAUCAAGAUUCCCCAAAACCAACAGAUUUCACCUUAAAAGAGUCAAAGUUCGUCCUCAGAGAACUCGCAGCUGAGCUAGAUCAACUUCUUCAGCUUAAAAAUGUCUCCAUCCUGUCUGGAGUAGUUAAAGGUGAAAUCAGUGAGGAUGAGAGCCGGGCUGUGGUCCUGCAGUGGGCUGAUGAGCUGAAGAACCGACAGUCAGACAGGGACAAAAUGAAUUUAAACAAUCCUCACAGAGCAGAAGAAGCAGAAAAAACUCUUAAAAAAGAGCUUAAAAAGAAGCAAAAGGAGUCAGUGUGUUUUAGAGAGGAGUGUAAAGCGGUGGUGAAGGAUCUGUAUAAACAGUGGAAGAAAGGACACCUGGUCAACAUCCUGCCAGUGAUGGAUUUUAUCAUCAGAACUGCACUACAGGAUAACAUGUCUGAGGAAUCCAUUCUGAAGCAGUGGUUUAAGAGUGAAAAGAUGUUUAAAAAAGCAGGUGGCAUGCGUGUCCCAGACACAGUGUGGAAUUGGAUCACAAAACCAUCAGCUAACGUCACACUCGACCCAGAAACAGCCAAUCCAGACCUUCUACUGUCUGAAGAUGGAAAAGUUGUGAGAAGUAAGACUCACGAGGAAAGCAGCUUCCGCUCCUUUCUCUACAGAAGACCCUCAAAAUUUGAUGGUUGGACGUGUGUUCAGGCUGUAGAUGGGUUCUCUACAGGCAGGCAUUACUGGGAGGUUGAUGUAAAGUAUAAAAGUGAGUGGAGGAUAGGUGUAGUGAAGGAUUCUGCUCCCAGACACGGGUUUGUUAAUAUGAACACGACAGCAGGGUACUGGACUCUGCGUCUGCAGCUCGGCAGUCUUAUGGCUCUGACUAAUCCAGUCACCAAACUAAAUCAGCCCAAUCCCAGUAAGAUAGGAGUUUAUCUGGAUAUAGAAGAAGGUCAGGUUUCUUUCUAUGAGACGGAGCAAAGGAGACACAUUUACACCUUUAAAACUAACUUUAGGAAGAGUGAGAAAAUCUACCCUGUGUUCGGCACAGUGGAGACACACAGACCAUUGUGGAUUAUGUAGAUCUGAGAAACAUUUUUAAAAGUCUUAGAACACAGUCUAAAAUAUAAAAUGUGUGGGGUUUUUUU